UGGUGUAUACAAGUCAUGGCAACAAGUUACAGAGUCCAGGUGUCUCAUGGCAUCCAUGAACGGAUAAGAGUAAGCGCGGGAUGGCCCCAACCCCAUCCUUCAAAAUCUGUCUCUCUCAUUUCUCUUGAAGAAUCCUUCAAAAUGGCAACUGCUUCACUAACUCCAAUUUUCUCAUCUCCACUCAAAACAUCAAGAACAACAACAUUAACAACAACAACAACGUCGUUGGACCAACAUAGAAACCAGGUUGUUUUGAGGAGACAAAUCUUGAAGGGACUGGUGUUGUCUCCAUUAAUCUUGAUUAAAGCACCUCCAAGUUCAGAAGCUAGAGAGAUUGAGGUUGGUUCUUACUUGCCACCUUCUCCAACGGACCCUUCUUUUGUUCUCUUCAAAGCCAGCUCAAAAGACACCCCUGCUCUUCGUGCAGGAAAUGUUCAGCCUUACCAGUUCAUCCUCCCACCGAGUUGGAAGCAAACACGCGUAGCAAACAUACUAUCCGGUAAUUACUGCCAACCUAAGUGUGCAGAGCCCUGGGUUGAGGUAAAGUUUGAAGAUGAAAAGCAAGGAAAAGUCCAGGUGGUGGCUUCACCUUUGAUUCGCCUGACUAACAAGCCUAAUGCAACAAUUGAAGAGAUUGGAAACCCGGAGAAGUUGAUUGCCUCUCUUGGCCCUUUUGUUACAGGAAACUCUUAUGAUCCUGAUGAGCUCUUGGAAACAAAGAUUGAAAAGUUUGGUGAUCAGACGUAUUACAAGUAUAUGCUUGAGACACCAUUUGCUUUGACGGGGACGCACAAUCUUGCAAAGGCAACAGCUAAAGGAAGCACUGUUGUGCUGUUUGUAGCAAGUGCAAAUGAUAAACAAUGGCAAGCAUCUGAGAAAACUCUAAAAGCCAUUCUUGAUUCCUUCCAAAUUUAGUUACUUUCCUGAUGAAAAUAAGAGAUUAUUUUUUGUUCAUUUUGACAUUGGUUCCUAUGUUACAUAUGUAAACAGUCCAAUAAACCCUUCAAAUGCCUUUGUUUAUAUGAGUUCUAUAUAAUGUAAUGUUUGAUAUUCAACAAA